AUGACUGGAGGCCUUGCCGGCGUCGUCGAGGUACAAGUGCUGGCUCCGGUCUCGUUCUUCCUGACGUGCCUAUCGUCCCCGUCGCCGGAGAAGUUGCUGCGUGGUCGCACCGGAGGGUUUAUCAAGGAAGGUUCAGAAAACUCACUGAACAAGGUGAUGGAUGCUACCACUGUUGAUUCGAAGUGGACGUCUCCCAUCACUGAAGAUGGGUCCAUGGACAGACGAGGAAACCCAGCUGUCAAGACAACCACCGGAAGAUGGAGAUCUGCCGUCCUGUUGUUAGCUAACUAUGGACUCGCGACGUGCGCCUUCUUCGGCGUCGGUGUGAACCUGGUGGUGUUCCUGCGCCGGGUGCUCCACCAGGGCAACGCCGAGGCGGCCAACAACAUCAGCAAGUGGACAGGGACGGUCUACAUCUUCUCGCUCAUCGGCGCCUUCCUCAGUGACUCCUACUGGGGCCGAUACGUCACAUGCGCCAUCUUUCAGAUCAUCUACGUGACGGGCCUGGUGAUCCUGUCGCUUGCCUCAUGGUUCUUGUUGGUGAAGCCCUCCGGCUGCGGCGGCGUCAAGGCGCACUGCGACGAGCCGUCGGCGCCCGACGUCGCGCUGUUCUACCUGUCCACCUACAUGAUCGCGUUCGGCAACGGAGGGUACCAGCCUUCCAUCGCGACGUUCGGGUCGGACCAGUUCGACGAGACGGACCCCAAGGAGGCGCGCUCCAAGGUCGCCUUCUUCAGCUACUUCUACCUGGCGCUCAACGUCGGGUCCCUGUUCUCCAACACGGUGCUGGUGUACUACGAGGACUCAGGGCGGUGGGUCAUGGGGUUCUGGGUCUCGGCGGCCGCCGCCGCGCUGGCGCUCGUGCUCUUCUUGCUCGGCACGCCCAACUACCGGCACUUCAAGCCGAGCGGCAACCCGUUGACCCGCGUCGCGCAGGUGUUCGUCGCCGCGUUCCGCAAGUGGCACGCUGAGGUUCCCCGUGGCGAGCUCCUCCACGAGGUGGAAGGAGAGGACCCUAAGAUCUCGGGCAUCCGCAAGAUCCUUCACAGCGACGAGCUCAGGUUCCUCGACAAGGCGGCGACGAUCACCGAGGGGGAGAAGAUGGAGAGCCCGUGGCGGCUCUGCACGGUGACGCAGGUGGAGGAGGUGAAGUGCAUCCUGAAGAUGCUGCCCAUCUGGCUGAGCACGAUCGUGUAUUCGGUGGUGUUCACCCAGAUGGCGUCGCUGUUCGUGGAGCAGGGCGCCACCAUGAACACUAACAUCGGGUCGUUCCACUUCCCCGCCGCGAGCAUGUCGCUGUUCGACGUCCUCAGCGUGCUGGUGUUCAUCGCCAUCUACCGGCGGGUCCUGGUGCCCGUCAUGGCGCGGCUGUCGGGCAACCCGCAGGGCCUGACCGAGCUGCAGCGCAUGGGCGUCGGGCUCGUGAUCGGCAUGGCGGCGAUGGUGGUGGCGGGCGUGGUGGAGGUGGAGCGGCUGAAGCGCGUGGUAGCCCCGGACCGGCCGAGCUCCCUGAGCGUGCUGUGGCAGGUGCCGCAGUACGCGCUGAUCGGGGCGUCGGAGGUGUUCAUGUACGUGGGUCAGCUGGAGUUCUUCAACGGGCAGGCGCCCGACGGCGUCAAGAGCUUCGGCAGCGCGCUGUGCAUGGCGUCCAUCUCGCUGGGGAACUACGUGAGCAUCAUGCUGGUGAGCGUGGUCACGAGCCUCACCGCCGGGGAGAAGCGUCCGGGGUGGAUCCCUGGGAACCUCAACUCCGGCCACCUGGACAGGUUCUACUUCCUCCUCGCCGCGCUCUCGCUCGUCGACCUCGCCGUCUACAUCGCCUGUGCCAUGUGGUACAAGGGCAUCAUGCUUGACGGCGGCGACGGCGAUAGUAGGAGAAAGGACUCUGCGCAUGUCUAG